AUGGAGGGAACUGUGGGGUCUGGUGUGGAGACAGAAAAAGAAGAAAAGUCUGCAAAUUCGCCUACAGCCGAUGGUGCUGAUGAUCAUAAACCACUCAACGUUAAGAAGGAUGAGGGCAACAAGAGGAAUACAAGAGUGACAGCUAGAACAUUGUCAAAGGGGAAAUGGACAAAGGAAGAGGAUGAAACUUUGCGAGAUGCAGUUCAACAAUUUAAUGGAAAGUGCUGGAAAGGAAUAGCCAAAUGCCUCCCUGGUCGAACAGAUGUGCAGUGCUUGCAUCGCUGGCAAAAAGUUAUUAACCCUGAACUUAAUAAAGGACUCUGGACUAAGGAGGAAGAUGAUGUUCUUAUUGAGUUAGUUGGCAAACAGGGUAACAAAAAAUGGUCUGAAGUAGCAAAACACCUUCCAGGCCGUAUAGGAAAGCAAUGUCGAGACAGAUGGCACAAUCAUUUGAAUCCAGAAAUAAACAAGGGUGCUUGGACCAAAGAGGAAGACGAAAUUCUUAUAAAUGCUCAUGCAGUAUAUGGAAACAAAUGGGCCGAAAUGACAAAGCUUUUGCCAGGAAGGCCGGAGAACUCAAUAAAAAAUCGUUGGAAUUGCUCUCUCAACAAGAAAUUUGCUAACUCCACGGCAUGCGGUUUCGCUUUAAAUCAUCCAGGAUUCGAUAUCCCUGCUUUGCAUACUCCUGGACCACAUUGUUUGUCCAACCAGAAGGUGGAUAACAAAAGGAAUGGAGAUUCGGGUUCCCUUGAUUUGUUUCUUGGACAUCCAGAAAGAACUCGAAUUCAUCUGCAGUCUUCUGAGAAUGGAUCUUCUACAAUUGUUCUGAGUGGACAGGCAAAUUAUCCAAUGAAACUACUAUCAUCUACUUGCAAUCUAAUAGAAAUGUUUCACUACGGAAGUCACAGUACCGACAUAUCAGAAGUUAAGCAGUCCAAAGUGUUAGACCAUGGUUAUUGUCAUAAGCAUGAGUUAAGCAGCUCCUUGCCUCAAGCAGUUCCUUCCAAAUACAAGCCAAAAUGCUUAUGCUAUCAGCCACUUCGGGAGGAUGAUAUGAAAAUUUUCAUGUCAAGCGGUAGAUUUCCAAGUACGGAUAGUUAUAUCAGGCCACCAAUUUCUACUCCAACAAGUUGUAUGAAAGUAACACAGGUUCCACACAGCAGCCCAGAGUCCAUUUUGAAGACUGCAGCAGUAAGUUAUGAUAACAAGCCAUCCAUCAUUAGAAAACGAGCAAUUCAAGUUUCUCAACAAGCGUGCAGUAAAAGUACUUCUGAGGCACCAGAUAAAAUUAUGGAUUCUUUGAGCAACUUGCUUCUGGAAGCACAUAAAAGUCCUAACGCAGUGGAUGACCAAUAUCAAGCUUUGAGACGACCUCUCCAUUCUUCACUCAAAUAUCAGAAGCUUGAAAAAAAUGCUGCCAUUAAAUCUGUGGGGAAAUGCCUGGAACGAGCAUUUGACGUUUUGUGGGAGUCUGAAAGUACUGACAUCAAAAACUCGGUUGUUAAUUCCAACCAUGCAGAUCAUGACUCAGAUAGCUUGACAAAAUCUUCUUGA